AUGUAUCAGGGUCUGGGAACCCGGUGUAUAUGCAAUCAACGCCGUUCCAGAAGAGGUCACAGCCGUGAUGCGCUCCUCAAUUCUGCUGUCGAUGACAUAUUGGCCCUCUGCACCUGUGAUGCUAUCAGCGGCGGCAAAACUGGCAAGCCCUUGGAGACUCUAAAACUACACACGACUGGUGGUAUCAGCUUUGGUGUUAAUGAUUACCAAAACGACCUCAUGGACGUAGUGCAACAAUUGAGUCGAUCGUUUCUGCUUGAACAGAAUCCCCAAGAUGAUCAUGAUAGAACCAUCUUGCGAGAAUUGGGCCAGCGUGUCAGGGAGGCGAGAAAUGAACUCGAUUGCCAAAGCACAAAAGAGUUCAAAGUCAAAUAA